AUGGUUUCCGGCAAAGUUUCCUUUUCACAAGGCUUCCUCAUCGGAUUGCUUUGCCUGGCCGCUCUAUUCAGUGCAGGGCAUGCGGAGGGGGGACCAACCUUCGUUGUCCAGGGACCAUGUUCGCAAUUCCCAGACUGCGACAAGCACUGCAGGGACAACGGGUACGGCACUACCGGCGGGAGUUGCAUGUCUCUUAGCGGAGGUCCCAGCAUGUGCUAUUGUAUUAUAACCUCAUGUUGUUAACUUCCUGAUGCGGCAGACGAGCUGGAAAAUUGCUACCUGAAGAAACAUGGGUUAUGACGACCUUAUCUCAUUGGAAACGGCCUCCAGAGCAAAACUCACAGCUUAUGGCUGUGAAAUUUCGAUAUU